AUGUUCAAGCUGGUGGUGUUGUCUUGCGUCCUGGCAGCGGUGUCUGCAGGAAACUUCUAUGGGGGAUACCUAUCACCUUUCGCACCUCUGGCCUUCUCAACGCCGUUGUUGCAGCCUUACAACUACCGCGGACCCUACUCUCUUGCUCCUGGCCAGCCUGCCAACAUUUUGGCUUCUGACGGUAGACCCCUAGACACUUUGGAUGUCAACUUGGACCGCUCUGCUCAUUUUACCGCUAAGGCUCUAGACAACGGACUCCAUAUUUUGAAGAAACGCUCUGCUGCUUUCAUCGCUCCAUAUGCCGCUCCUAUCGUAGCUCCUUUGGCUUACUCAACACCUCUUCUCCAACCUUACAACUAUCGUGGACCUUUGUCACUAGCACCAGGUCAGCCCGCUAACAUCCUGGCUUCUGAUGGCAGGCCUCUUGACACCUUGGACGUCAACUUGGACCGUGCUGCCCAUUACACAGCGAAGGCUCUCAGCGGUAAUGUACAUCUCUUAAAGAAACGUUCGGCUGCUUUCAUUGCCCCCAUCAAUACAGUCACCUUAGGAAGGACGCCACUGAUCGCUUCCACCUAUACCUAUGCGGCGCCCAUCGCCACAAACAUCAGAUCAAUCACUUAUGCCGCAACCCCUUUCGCUCACAUCCUGUAAAAUGUACCAUGUCAUAAAUUGUUCAUAUAAAGCAAAUAAAACAGAUGUUAAACGUUCCAUAUAAAAGUUUUAUUGAUUUUA